AUGGACCCCGCCGCCGCUACCGCCGCUGCUGCCGUAACAGCUGCAGAACAAGAACAGGCCACGCUGUCCGCCCAGGUCACUUCCCUCUCAACGCGCCUUAUCGAGGCCAUUGACCGGCAAGCUGACCUCGAGGAUCAGAUCCAGGUUUUGCGCAAAGAAUUAGAUGCUUCGCGUAGAAUUAAUAUGGCUCAUGAAGAUCAGGUCCGUCAAGGACUCUUGGUACCACAGAAAGAAUAUAUUGAACAGGUCCGUCUGCGCAACGUUGCUGAUAAGGAAUCUGAACGUCUCAAAGGUGAAAUUGAAGAGCUCACAAGCAGUCUCUUUGAUGAAGCAAAUAAAAUGGUCGCUUCUGCAAACCGUGAAACCUCUGUCUGGGGCCGGAAAAAUCAACAGCUUCUCCAGCAACUCAAAGAACGCGACGUUCUUCUUGAAAACCUUCAAGAACAACUUUCAGCUCUCAAAUCAGUCUUGGAAGACGUAUCCGAUGAACGCGAUAGGCUCCUUAAACUCAAUAUCGUUAAAACAAACUUCCCUAACCAAAGUCUUGAGACUUUCCAUGAUGCCGUCGACGACAGUGCUACUUCUGCCACUCUCGACCCUAGUGUCUCCAAUGAAGGUGUGCCUGCCGAUCAACCAGGCUCCGCCAUUGCUACUGCCAAUUCUACGUCUACAACCGCCAAUAUUUUAGGGAGCUCACACAUUGCAUCAUCUACCCCUCAUGAAGUCCCUGAGGAGCUAUAUCAUGGCUCUCUCAACAGCUUAUGGCGACCUGUCGCUCGUAGUGACCUCCAAAACUUUCAAGACUUUUUUCUCAUGGCACCUUCCCCUGCAUCUCAUACAGCCAGUGGCUCCUCAACUUAUCACAACUCGGCAGAUACAAGCAUACUCUCUGGCAGAUCUUCUCCUGCCACCUCAGAUACUGCCACCCCUACCAUUAGCCAUUCAGAAACUUACUCAUCUCUCAAUAUCUCCUCCAUCACCUCUAGAUUCCACAGUCUCACAUCCAGUAACAGCGAUAACUCAUCUUCUGGUUUAUCAAACUCGGCUUCUAACCCUAACGGCAAUAGCUCAUCUUCCUCAAUUUCUUCUCUCAAGGAUUACAGAUUUUUUAAGCGUUCAAUUAAUGAAGAUAUCGAGCCUACUCUUCGUCUCGAAUCUGCUCCUGGUUUGAAUUGGCUUUCAAGGCGUAACAUUAUGGGCAGCAUUUACGAUGGAAGCAUCAAAAUCGAACCAAUCGCAGUUAUAAAUGAAGGUUACAAACUCGUAUUUAGCAGCGAGCCUUAUGGACCGCCUGUGGGCCCCUCUCCUCUACCCACUGAAGCACCAGUCUCGCGAGUGGAUUCUGAAGAUUCUGACGACAAUACUGCCUUUCAUACUCCUAUCCCCACAAACUCAUCUCAACAAUCUCUCCCACAAAUGGUACAGCAACCUUAUACCCCACCACAACAGCAAGAAACUAAAUAUGUCCCAUUCUCCAUCUGCGUCGGCUCUACCGGCGGCCAAAAAGUAUUUGCUAGUCUGUCGUCUUCCCCUCCUAGCCAACCCCCACCAGUCGCUACUUUGGCCCCCUGCGCAUUUUGCGGAGAAAAGCGGUCUUCAUCUCUUCUUUAUGCUAGACUUCAUAACUUACGGUCUGAAAAGGACAAGGCUCCAAGUAGCUCUUCCAAAGAAGGCUCAAAGGACAGUGGCAGUGACUCAGUCUCAACUCACCUCGCACACAUGUCUAUGUUCUCAGCACUCUCCACGCCAAAUAUCUCGGCCCGUGAGCGCGAAAAAUCAAGACUGGCAUCGCUUGGCAUUUCAUACAAAGACGAAGAUAAGAAUUAUUCAAACGGUGGACACAGUCAUUCAAGUAGCACAGAUACCACCAGCGAUUCCAGAAGUGUUGAUAAUGACCCACGCGAACACUACGUCCCCUUGACUACCAGUCUUUCUGGCUCAUCAACUCUUGCUAGUAACGGCAUAACUCCAACAUCAAGUGGGUAUCCUCUAUGCUACCACUGCUUGAAUCGCGUGCGUUCUGUAUGUGAUUAUGUGUCUUUCCUGCGAACACUGCGGAUGGGCGUGUGGCGCACCGACGAUGAAACCAGCCGGUCCAAGGCUUGGGAAGAGUGUUUGCGGCUCAAGGAGCGCAUGUUUUGGGCCCGCCAGGGAGCCUCUUUUUUAAAGCUUGAUUCGGGAAAUGAAUCAGUUCCUGUCAAGUUUACUGGGUCUGCGCGUCAGCAACACCAACAUCAGCUGGAUCAGGAAACAAGGAGGAAAAUGCUUAUAAAUUUGCAAAAGGGUGGUGACUUUACUCGUAGGUCCAGUCUUUCCACUCCACCAAGUGUCAAAGAUUUGAAGAACCCGGUUGAGCUCAAGGAGACAGUGCAAGAAGAGACCAAGGAAAGGGAGACAGAGACAGAUAGUGCGACUCAAGAAAAGACCCUAAAGGAAGAGGGUGAUGAUGCGGCGGUGACAACAACCGAUACUUCUAAACAGGAAGAGAUUAAGGGGGAGGCGUUGGAAAAUGAAGACGGUUCGGAUGUUGAAGUCACUAAAGUUGCUGAAGCUGCAUCAGAUGGUUCCAAGGCAUAA